AUGGCCGCAACUAUCCUCCACCUCCUCCUCGCAGCCGCAGCCGUCUCGGUCUCGGCCUCGACCCUCCCAUCCCCCACCCCAACCCAAACACCAACAACCCUAGCAACAACAACAGCAGCAGCCUCCAUCACCACAGCCCCAGCCUCAACCCCAACCUGCGGACCAGGCUCCACCCUCCUCCACACAACAGACUGCACAAUGGGCACCCCAGUCUCCUACUGCCACAGCGCGCCUCCCCCAAUCUCCUGCUCGGCGGGCUACUUUCCAGGCGUCUGGCACCCAGGGCACUGCAUAGAGGCCUCGACGUGCUACCCCGUUGACGCGAGCUGGAUUACAACCAAGUGCUCGAACGGCGGGAUCCCGUGGAGGACGUCGACGCUGUAUGAGGGUGUGCUGGCGGGCGAGACGACCAGUACGACGAUUAGCAUCGUGUCGUGCUCCUGCGCCAUGGAUCAGUGGUACAGUGCGACCCUGCUGCCUGGACGGUCGACUGUGGAUACCUUCUGCAUGCCGUCGAGUAAUUGUCCUGCUGGGAUGACCACUGCCACCUCCACCGCUGAGUAUUGUAUUACUUCGCCGGCGGCGUGUGCCAGUGAGGGCAUUCCUACGACGACUAAGAGUUGCCAGUGUGAGCAGCCGGGUCAGACGGCGGUUUAUCCGACCGAAGUGGGAGCUGCUGCGACUGGUUGUGCUUGA